UUAAGAUUAGAUUAGGGUUAGAUUAAGAUUAGAUUAGGAUUAGAGUUGGGGUUAGGUUUCUCCUAUGGGUAGAUGAUUAUCAUCUAUUUGUGCACUUUUGUCAAAUGAUUCUAUUCAUCUAUUUAUCCCGGAGACUGUGCUGAGUUAAUAACACUAUGUUCUGUUGCUAGGUAACAUACAGUACGCAGGACAGAUGACGACAGGCGUUGCGCAGCCGCAGUCACCUUCGACUGUGAAGACUGAAAUGAAUCCCGGCGUUCUUGUCCAAAACUCUACCGCUGGUCAUGUUCAGGUCGUCGACUCCUCGCAUAUAGUCACGUCAGCAGGUGAUGGUAACCAUAACAACAACACUGGCAACAGAUCACGUGGUCGCGCUGGACGCGGUCGAGGCAAGGGUUCAGGUCGAGGCAGGCGGUCAACUUCGGGACCUGGGCCAGAAAUUGAUCAUAAUAUCGAGGUAGAGCGCACAAGUUGUAACAAACCUGCAGCAAACUUGUAGCAAUGCUGUUCCAACCACUCGUCAACAGGAUGUGUUCACACUGCUUGUUUCCAACUUGUUGACAAGUUGUCUACGGCUUGUUGACAACUUGCUACAAGAUUGUUGAACUCAACAGACUUGUUACAAGUUGUUCCAACAACUUGUUAUCGUCCUGCAAUUCAACAACUAUUUAUCAACAAGUUGGGAGUGUCAAUCUUUUACCAAUUUGAUAAAAUAACAGCAUUGUUACAACUUGUUGACAAGCUUGCUACAAGCCUGUUGCGAACACAUCUUGUUGACAAGUUGUGAGGUUUUUACCUCCGAUUUCUCCACAAAUUCAGACGAUUCUUGCUUUACUACAGAGUAUGAAUACUAAUAGAUACCUGUUAAACAAUAAAUUCAUGCCUGUAUAAAAAUGUACUAAAUUUACCACUAUUAAAUCUCCGUUUUAUUUGCAGAGAAUAUUUAUUUGGGACUUAGAUGAAACUAUAAUUCUGUUUCAUUCUUUGCUGACUGGAUCUUAUGCUGGAAAGUUUGGGAAGGUCAGUUUGACUUGUAAUCAAAAACUAUACCAAACUAUUGACACAUGAUAAAGAUAAGUUUCUUCCCUUUUUUCAGGAUGCUCCGUCGACUGUUUCCAUCGGUUUAAGAAUGGAGGAAAUGAUUUUCAGCCUUUCUGAUACGCACUUAUUCUUUCACGAUCUCGAGGUCAGUUACUCAUUACACACGUAAAAUCGCACAAGUUGUUCCAGGUCUGCAAACAAGUUGUUACAAAUCUGUUCACAAGCUGUCGACAAGUUGUGUUCGCACUGCUUGUUCCAGUUGUUGUAACAAGUUUGAAACAAGAUGUUAUAACAACUUGUAACAAGCUUGAUGGCAUUAUCAGACUUGUUACAAGGUUGUUCUAACAAGUCUGAUACAGUCAUGAUGAACAAGAGUGUUACAAGGUUGACGACACAAGGUUGUAACAACAUUGUUAUAUCAUGACUGUAUCGGACUCGUUGGGACAACCUUGCAACAAGUCUGAUAAUGCAAUCAAGCUUGUUACAAGUUGUUAACAGCUUGUUCCAAAUUUGUCAGUUGACAACUUGGGACAAGCAGUGCGAAUACAACUUGUUGACGGCUUGUUGACAGACUUGCUACAAUAUAUGAGACUUUUACGUGUGUACAAUGUCAUGAAAAUAUAUUUUCUCGAUUGUCUAUGCAUACAUGCUGCAUGAAAUGAUGUAUUGUGGAAUUUAUUUGCGUUGUGCACCUUUUUACAGGAUUGUGACCAGGUUCAUAUCGAUGACGUUGCUGCGGACGAUAAUGGCAUUGAUCUCAGGUAGGAUAUCGUCAUUCCCAAGAUGUCGUUUUUUUAAUAAUUCCUAAAUGCAGUGGUGUAGUCCUAAAAUUUUAACAAGGGGGCUUAUCUAUAGAGACCUUGAGGCAUGAACCACCAAAAUUUUUUAUUCUAGGUCUCUCCUAAAAACGAUUUUCUACAUUUUAAGUGAUGUUUUUACCACAUUAAAACAGAAAAUACAAGGCUCACAGUAUAUCUGUGUUUUAAUUGCCAAGUCGCAUUAAAUUAGUAAAACUUUGUUAAAAAUUUUGUCUCGCUAAAAAUCUUUCAUAUUUUCCCUCAAAAUUCAUCACGUUUUUAUCACUCCUGAAGCACGUACAACUUUGAAAACGAUGGAUUCCGUUCAUCUGCGAACAUGUGUCUGAAUCAAAACAUGCGCGGAGGGGACUGGACCAAGAAAUUGGCGUAUCGUUAUCGAAGGAUUAAAGAAAUUUACAACAGCUAUCGAAAUAAUGUCGGAGGUAAGAAUUAUCGUUCGUUAAAGUCUCUUUGUAAGGAUGUUUGUGUCAUGAUAGUUUGUGUAUGUGCUGUGACUGGUACUGUAUCAACGAAGAUAGUUUAGUUUAUAUCAAAACCAUAUGGUUCGCACGAUAAAAUAAGCUAUGGCCUAUCGAAGGGGAGAUGACUGUGAAACUCAUUAGAAUAACAAUAUAACUCAUUAUCUAUGUUAGUCAACGUGUAUUCAUAAAUAUGGUUAUUCACCGUCACGUGUGUAUUUCUGCCAAAUCCACCAAUAGCAAUUUCCAGUUUCGCUAUUGUUCGAGUCACGGGUAGGUAUAACUUUCCUAAAACAUUGCUAUUGGUUAGUUGGGUAAAAAAAUAAUACACACGUGAUGGUGAAGGACCAGAUUUAUGAAUAAACGUUGACCAACAUAGAUAAUGAGUUAUAUUGUUAUUCUAAUGAGUUUCACAGCCAUGUUCCCUUCGAUAGGCUAUGAAUAAGCAUAAGGACAAGAACGUUCACGUUUGAAACAAGUACCAAAUGUAUUAUCACACGGGUGAGAUAAGCAUACAAGCAUGAGCACAAGGAAAGGAAAAGUUUGUUUUUCUUGUGUUUACGCUUAUUUCAUCGUGUGAAGAGUAGGCUUUAAGUUGUUUAAAACAUGAAAUUAUGCUGGAUGUAGGUCUUCUUGGUCCAGCGAAGAGAGAAACUUGGUUACAGCUGAGAAUGGAAAUGGAGGCCCUAACAGAUUCUUGGUUGACACUCGCUUUGAAAGCUCUUACUCUAGUUCAUUCAAGGUAGGGAGGAAUUUACAUCUUUACUGCAACAAACUUUGUCAGGUUACGAGUGGCAGUUGGUUGGCAUGCUUUAUGUUAGCAGACUGACACCUAGUCUCUCUUUCGGCAGGUCAAAUUGUUUGAAUUUACUGGUGACAACAACUCAACUCGUACCAGCUCUGGCAAAGUGUUUACUCUAUGGUUUGGGAGGGAUUUUUCCAAUUGAGAAUAGCUAUAGUGCAGCUAAAGUCGGUGAGUAGAAAUUAUAGAGACAUGGUAAAUAAUCUAGAAACAAUUUAUACCUGAAUCGUAUGUUUUAUACAGUCUGUUUUUCCUUUUAACAGGCAAGGAGUCGUGUUUCGAAAGAAUUGUUAAUCGUUUUGGGAGAAAAUGUACGUAUAUUGUUGUCGGCGAUGGACGAGACGAAGAGUUGGCAAGUAAACAGGUACGCAUACAGUACUAAUACUGAUUUUCAUGUCUCUGGAGUCGAACUAGCAGUAUUCUUCUCGCAUGUGACUGAAGCGAAAUUAUAAUCAAACAACUGCACAUUGUAGUGACCGAGUUCCGGUAACACAACCCUUACAACAACAUUUUUUUGAUCUAGAUGAAUUUUCCUUUCUGGAGAAUAUCAAAUCACCAGGAUCUCAUAAACCUUCAUCAUGCCUUGGAUCUUGGACACUUAUAACAACGUAUGUACAGUAUAACAUCUUUGUCUAUUUUCAAAUUUUUUCGUUGUCCGGAUUAUACAUCGUACAUUUUUUCACUUCUGGAUACAGAUGGGUGAUAAAUGACGAAUACUACCAACUACAUCAAGUAUGUUGACAAGGUGUUGCCGCUGAAAGGUUUGCUAUCAAUAAUUGUUGUCCUCUAUUGGGCAACGUAGGCUCAAGGCACAUAUUUUAGAUCUUGAUAAAGGUACAUUUGUACGUUGAGUUUUAGAUAUAAAUGUUGGUAAGAGAGCCUGGCUCGCAGGUUAGAUAUACCUUAAGUGUUGUAAUUGUGAUGUUUUAGUGUAGUCUUGAGUUUUUGAGAAUCGUUACAGAUGUCAAUGUCCUUCAAAAUUUGGUCCAUUGCAUGAAAAGACUCGACGGUCCUUUUUUCGUUCCCAUUGCAUCCCAGGCUGUUUUUAGCGAUAUAUAAGAAGCAAGGCCUUUUACACUUUUAACAUCCUAAUAGCCUUUAUCUUAGCAGAAAUUCUAAUAUAUAAAAUAUGAUGUAUAUUAAAGCGAUAUAUGGGGUGAAAAAUUAUUAGAUAGCAGAGAGGAACUUUAUCAAAACUAAUCAAUUUAUGUGUGUUGAACAUGUCAUGAUUCAUUAAUGAUUUCGUUAUUUGAAAUAUUAAUUUUCCUCAAACAUUCAUAUGUGGUAAUGUCCAUAUUUUCGUUGCAUAUCAUGUUUCAAUUAAUUGUGAAAUAUACACAUCAAUGACAAUUGUAGCUCAGCUAUAAUUUGAAAUAAUUUUUGUAUGUGAACCGUAGCCAAGAUACGAGCUUCAUAACUUUUGUACUCUUUCGUUGUGUUAUGUUGAAACGGGACUUUUGUGCUUUGUAUAUGCAGAAGAAGAGAUAUUGUUAAAAUAGAAAGUAUUUUCAUAUAUAUUUGAUUUAAGUAGAUCUAAUUAGAACUAUUCCUGUACAAAUAGACUGGAGUGGUUUAUGUAUAGCUGUGAAAAAUAUAUUCAGACUGGUUUACACUAUCAGAGUUUCUUGGAUCAAUAGACCUUUCCCCUUUUGAGUGAAAUUUUGAUCUAGACAAGUCUGAACACUAAUUUUAAACUUUGAUUAAAGAAACUCCAAUAGUAUAAGCCAGC